AAAACAUAAAAUUAAGCUUCAAUGGCGACAGCCGCGAUCGGAGUCUCGAGUCUUCCCUCCUGGAACCACUUGAAUCUCAACGACAAACCCGACACAUAUUUGUUCAAACCGGAGAACCAAAUUCUCUUCUCUUCUUCAUCUCACCUCGCCGGUCAUAAACUUCCGCUCAAAGCCAACGCCUCAAAUUUAGCCAGAAUUCCCAUCGUGCUUUCUCCUAGAGCGGUUUCCGAUUCAAAGAAUUCUCAUGCAUGUCUCGACCCUGAUGCUAGCAGCAGUGUUCUGGGAAUUAUUCUUGGAGGUGGAGCUGGGACCCGUCUAUAUCCUCUUACCAAGAAGAGAGCAAAGCCUGCUGUUCCACUUGGAGGAAACUACAGGCUGAUUGAUAUUCCUGUCAGCAAUUGCUUAAACAGUAGAAUUACAAAAAUCUAUGUUCUCACCCAGUUCAAUUCUGCAUCUCUCAAUCGCCAUCUUUCAAUGGCUUAUGCCAGUAACAUGCGCGGGUACAAGAAUGAAGGUUUUGUUGAAGUUCUUGCCGCUCAGCAGAGCCCCGAGAAUCCCAAUUGGUUCCAGGGUACUGCUGAUGCUGUGAGACAGUAUUUAUGGCUAUUUGAGGAACAUAAUGUAAUGGAAUUUCUGAUUCUUGCUGGAGAUCAUUUAUACCGAAUGGAUUAUGAGAGGUUCAUUCAAGCGCACAGAGAAACUGAAGCUGAUAUUACUGUGGCUGCAAUUCCAAUGGAUGAAAAACGUGCCACUGCAUUUGGCCUCAUGAAGAUUAAUGAGGAAGGACAAAUAAUUGAAUUUGCAGAGAAACCAAAAGGAGAACAAUUGAAGGCAAUGAAGGUUGAUACUACCAUCUUAGGCCUUGAUGAAAAGAAAGCAAAAGAGAUGCCUUACAUCGCUAGUAUGGGUAUAUAUGUUAUCAAGAAAGAUGUCAUGUUGAAGCUACUCCGUAAGAAGUUCCCUGGAGCCAAUGAUUUUGGAAGUGAAGUCAUUCCAGGUGCAACUUCCAUUGGAAUGAGGGUGCAAGCUUACUUGUAUGAUGGCUACUGGGAAGACAUUGGUACCAUUGAAGCAUUUUAUAAUGCAAAUUUAGGAAUUACCAAAAAGCCAGUGCCAGAUUUCAGCUUCUAUGAUCGUUCUUCACCAAUUUAUACACAACCACGAUAUUUGCCACCUUCCAAGAUGCUUGAUGCUGAUGUUACGGAUAGUGUUAUUGGCGAAGGUUGUGUUAUUAAAAACUGCAAGAUUCACCAUUCUGUUGUUGGGCUCCGUUCAUGCAUUUCAGAGGGUUCAAUAAUAGAAGAUACACUACUAAUGGGAGCGGAUUAUUAUGAGACGGAAGCUGACAGGAGGUUCUUGGCUGCAAAAGGUAGUGUGCCAAUUGGUAUUGGGAAGAACUCUCACAUCAAGAGGGCAAUUAUUGACAAGAAUGCUCGCAUUGGAGACAAUGUGAAGAUCAUUAACAGCAACAAUGUGCAAGAAGCUGCAAGGGAAAAAGAUGGUUACUUCAUCAAGAGCGGAAUCGUGACGGUGAUUAAGGAUGCUUUGAUACCCAGUGGAACCAUCAUCUGAAACCACUUCAAAUUCUUCUCACAAAGUUUAAUGAGAAAACCCACAUCUUUUUUUUUUUUUUUCUAGCUUUGGGCA